CUGACCGACUAAUCGCCCUCUCUCUGCAGGCGCGGACGCUGGAGCAGAAGAGGGAGUGGAGCUUGCAGCUCAAGAGGGUCAUCCUGGAGAACUACCACGCCGUCAUCCCCUCGCACGCCCGACAGCUAGUCAUGGAGCUGGGCCAGAGUCGCGCCGACGACGCGCAUCUGGCCGACAAGGUGACGCCCAGGAGGCAGCACUCCGCCCCGGAGUACCUGGAGAGGCGAAAGCAGGAGAGAGAGAGGCGCAAGCCCGAGACCGGCCUGCGAUAUCGCCUACGCCGCAACCGCAAGUCCGACGCAGACGCCAACUCUGAGUCUGCUGCCACAAGGCGGGGCCGGCGGGGCUCGAGCAGCGGCCGGGAAGGAGAGAGAGAAGACUCGACACUUAGCCUAGCUGACCGAACGAGGGAUCGGUUCGCGAGCUGGCGGCGGAAGUCGGAGCCGGCGGGCUACACCGGCAGCUCACUCGGCGUCGGCAAACGGCAGGUCGCCGUUGAUGUCCAGAUUCAGGGGCCGCUCAGCCCCUGUCCGUCGGGCGCACCGCUCGUCUGGCCGGCCGGGCUGGGCACCGCCACCGCCACUGCGACCACGGUGUCCACGGCGUCAACCUCCACCACCACGACGUCCUGCGCCGCCACCACGACCACCACCGCCACCACCACCGUCUUCGCCUCUGUCGCCACCACUGCGGCGGGGGGCGCCGCCGCCGCUAGGGGAGCGGGCGACGGCGACGACCAGCCCCCUGUCUACACCAUUCGAGUUCCUAGGGAGAGCCCCUCCCCCGUCGCCGAGGAGGCGUCCACCCCGACGACGCCGGUCGCGUCCUCGCCCCUAUUGGGCUCGCCGGUGACGUCGCCCCAACAGCCGGCCAAGACCAUAGAGGAGAUCGUGAGCCAGCUGCUGAUGCAGAACCGGGAGUUCCAGCGGAUCCUGAAGAAGCAGCAGCGCCAGAUCAACCUCAGGCACCGCAUCACCGCGCAGGGGGGCGGCGUCGCUCCCUGCGCCAAGGGGGAGACGACCGACGAGGAGGCGGACGACGGCGACGAGGAGGAAGAGGAGGAGGCCAUCUACGAGACGCUGUCGGCGCUGGCCACGGUGCACCACCAACGCCACCACCGGCGCUACAGCCACAGCCACUCCGUGGAGUGCUCCAACGACGAGGACGACUACGUGACCCUGGUGUGCCACGACGAUGCCGAGGUCGAGGAGGAGGAGGACGACGACGACAAGGACAGCGUCAAGGCCUCGGAGGACGCCGGGCCGACGGCACCACCGCGGACCAGGUUGCGCCGCGCCGAGAAGGAGGCCGUCGAGGAAGCGAGGCCGCCGUCUCGCCAGGACAGCCUGCAGAGCCUGUGGGAGCGGCUGCGGCGGUCGCAGCGCCUCCACAAGCCGGCGGUGGGCGGUCUCGGUGGUGGCCUCGGCGGCGGCUUUGGCGGCGGCGUGCGCAGGGCGGCCUCCUUCACCUCGCAGCAGAGCAACUCGCUGUUCUACGUGGACACCCCCGUGAGCCACGCCACGUGCCAGCCCAUCACCCCCGCCGUGUGGCUCAAGCAGCAGGGCCCGCACCUCGCGCCCUCGCACGGCGGCCACAAGGCGGGCUCGCUGCCCCGGAGCUUCCAGGUGGGGCCGGAGGGCGAGGCGCUCCCCGGCCGCAGCAAGGAGACGCUCCGGGCGCGCAUCCUGCGCAGCGGCCGCUCCUGCCCGGACCGGCCCUUCACCAUCGCGUCGGACAAGCCGUCGCGCCUCAGCAUGGAGGACAUGGAGCGGCGCUUCCAGCUCGCGCACCUGGGCGACUCGACCGAGGACGACAGCAUGACGGAGUACACGGCCACGCCCUCGGCCACGCCCAACGCCAGCCUCGUCAGCCUGCACGACCGCUUCGACGACGUGCACCCCGAGUACAAGAUCUACCGGCCCACGCUGCCCUUCGCGGGCAUGUCGCUGAGGCACGUCCUCGCCAAGCUCACGUCCGGACUCCGGGCCUCGUCGUCGGCCGCCUCGGAGACGUCGUCCCUGGACUGGGAGCGGCGCGGGCGGGCGCGCGACCGCGACCAGGAGCGCGUGCUGCAGCGCGAGCGACGCGUGGCUGCCGUCGUGGUCAAGCAGUACAGCAAGACGCUGCGCCGCCGCAUCCGCAACCUCAUCGGCGAGGAGGAGGUGGUGCUGGUGCGGGACGCGGCGCUGGCUGCGACCACCACCACCACGACGACGACCACCACCACCACGAGCAGCACCACGACCUACAAGCAGGGUAGCUCGGGGCUGGGCGCGCGCAUCGCGGCCUGCGAGUCGGACUACGCCAACCCGCGCACGCUGUUCCAGCACGUCCGGCCCUCCAAGAAGGCCGCCGCGCUGCUCGGCGUGCGCCCCGACUCGGUGCUGUCGGUGGCCUCCAACCUGACGGCGUCCACGUCCUCCAGCGACGGCGACAAGACGUCCGGCUUCGGGGGCAGCGUGGACACCGCGCCUCACCGGCCGCUCGGGCCCGCCCCUCGCGCCGCCACCCUGGCCGAGGCCGAGACCACCGACGCCCUGGACGUGGACGAGGGCACCGCCGUGGCGUCCUCCGCGUCCUCGGCUGGCGAGGAGGCCGCCAAGAGCGACUGCUCGGCCGACAGCUUCUACGAGCGCUCGUUCGAGGCCAUGGAGUCGGUGCUCGAGGCGACGGACGCGUUCCGGGACAGCGCCGUGUUCAGCGACCACGACGAGUGUUCCCUGAGCGACGACUCGUCGGGGCCGCCCAGCUACCCACCACCGUCACCACCAUCCAUGGAGGCCAUCACCAGCGCCCCCUCCGCCUUCACCACCACCACCACCACCACGCCGUGCACUACCCGCUCGUCCGUAGCUCGCCUGGCCAGCCUGGGCAGCGCCGCAACGGAGUCCAGGACGUGUAUCCCCAUGCCCUCCCCAGCGGCCACCUCCACGCCGAAGAUGAAAGUUCCUCCCCCCGUGCCCAGCAAGCCCAAGAAGAACUUCCGCGACCUGGGCAGCCUACCCGUGCCCGUGUCGGCGCUCGUCAGCCGGCUCAACGAGGUGGCCGUCCAGGAGGCCGUCCAGGUGGCGGCGCCCCUCGCCGUGCCGGACCAGGACGACCACACCGACAGCAGCUCGGUGGCCUCGACGGCGGCCUCCACGGUCAUCGAGGCGGAGGGUGGCUGUCCCGGAGGCUGUGGCUCCUGCCCCUCCGGUCCGACCUCCAAAGGCUGGGUGAAGCAUGUCAUAGGACGCCUGCAGCAGGGCGAAGCCUACAGUACACAAAGCUGAAGUCAACUUUAGGAUCAGGAUUAUGUUUUUUACAAUUUUACAAAAGCAAUAGCAUUGCGUCAAAGACGAAUUCAAUUUUAGAAUGAGUGUUAUGUUUUUUAUAAUUUUAUAAAAGCAAUAGAACCUUGCGUCAAAGACGUAUUUAAUUACACUGGACAUUGGUUCUGUCCUUUCUUGCUUCCAAGCUGGCCAUACAAUUUUAACUUAAUUUAAUUGAUGAUUCUGAAUGAAGCUUAGAGCUCCUCACCUCUAGUCACAGCAAGGGAUGCUCAUUGUCAGUUAUCGGAAACAGACUGUGAGGGGACUGUACCCCUGUCUUUUUUUAUGGAAUUAUGUAGGCAGGUCUUUUUCAUUCCUUUGCCUUGUCCACAUUUCAGUAUUUUGGGAGAGUUCUUGUUCAUUUGUCCUUUAUUAUCAAGAAACCAGAAAUUAAAUUUCCUAAAUAUGUUAAUUUACUUUAGGUACUGUAUUUUCUUAACUCAUUCACUUUAUGAUAGACUGCUAAGCUAGCACAUAUUAUUUAUGUUUAUGCUCAGAAAUUCCAAUUAAAGACAUGUUUUGGGGGGAUAAGUCACAGUCAUUAUAUUUUGAACGGAGAUAUAUAUAUGUGCCUUAUUUUGUAAUGUAUGAGUCAAAAUGUAUAACACUUAUCCUCUCUUUAAAAAAAUACAACUUGAGUGAAAUAACAAAUAAAUAUUUAUUUCCAGAUGUGUUCUUGUGUGUUGAUUAAAUUAUACCAGUUGUUAUGCCUUAGAUAUGUUUGUAUGUAUGUAUAUAUGAGAUAGUUUAUGGACCAAAUUUUACAGAAAACCUUGUGAUACGACAUGCCAUGUUGAAGCUGAUGUUUAGCUCAUUUAGGGGUAUACUAAGUCUUAAUUUAACAAUCAAAUCACCUUUAGUUCCCAUUUAUAUGUCGUUAUAAUUUUUUAAAUAUUUUUUUUCCUGUUAUUCUUUGAAAAAAGCCAUUAAAAUGUUGCCAUUUAUUCUGUGACAUAUACAUUUCAUCGUUGAUUUUGUUGUCUUCGAUUGUUAACAGAAAGGUGCUUUCGAUCUCAAAAGAAGAUGUAAACCAAGCUGGAAACAGAAUGUUGUUUUUCAAGUAAAUGUAGGAAUUAUGUGUUGCCCAACUGAUAGUCCAGCCACAGCCCUUACCAGUGCAGAAUUCUUUAGUUUGUUGUGAAUUUUUUAACUUAGCCUUUGUGGUGUGUACCAAAUUAUUGUAGCUGAUUAUAUUGUCCCAAAACUUUAUAGUAGGGCAUAAUAUUUACAUACUCACCAUUGCUUGGCUUUUUCACAACUAUCUCUGACUGUAGUGGUGUAGGGACUUGACAGGUGCAGUUAACAUAAUUCGCAUGAGCUAAUUUUUCUUUUUAAUAAUUGAAAUACAUUUAUAAAUUUUAUAAAGUGCUA